AUGGAGGUGGUUGUCGGCCAAGUGGCUCCCAAACCGGGCGAGAGACCUGAACUGGAUGGGCGGUCUGGGAAGGCUACCGCGGUGGACAAGGCUGGGGUCAUGAAUGCAGCUGGGGUGGAGAGUCGGAAGGCUCAGGAGAGGGAGGUGUUUGGCCUCCUAGUGAGCUGGGGGAAGCUGGCCCUGUGGGACAGCAGGAAUCAGAAGACGUCUCAGCAACUUGCCUCGUUCUGGGCAAAGUAUGAGACGGUGAAGGAGAGGUUGGACAUGUUCAACGUGGAGAGGCUUACGGAUGAUAGCCUAAAAGUGGCUAUUGUCCGUAUGUUUAAUGAGACUGUGGAGGAAUCAGACAUUGUCACCUGGCUUUCUCGGUAUUGCCAGGGAGAGGAGGUAGGGAAGACUGAGGGAGAGGCCCAGGGAGAAGGGCAGGAAGUGGAGGAGAAGAACAGCAAGGCCCAGGAGGGGGCAGGAGAGAAGGGGAAAGAAGGGGGUGAAGUGGCCCAGGGCAAGGGUAUGGAAGACAAGGAGAGAGAGGAAGGGGUAGAAGAGAGGGAGGUCAUGGCUGGGGAGUCCAGCGGGGCCACGGUGGAGCGGAGGGUAGGGAAAAAGGACAAGAAGAGGCAGGAAGGGGAAGGGGGCGACCAGGGAAGUCUGGUUUUGUUUCCAGAAGGGUCCCUGGAAAACCUGUACGGGACACCGGUGGAUUCGGAUUCCGAGGCUGGGUCCAUGGUAACCGUGGAGUCCGAGGAGGAGAUGGAGGCAGCGCAGGCCGGGGUGAUGAAGAGGCUGGCUGACGAGGUGGUGGGGCCUGAGAAGGAGAGCGGGGUAAAGAAGGGACGGGUAAGUUUCAGGGAGAGGUGGGGCUUGCUGGCUGGGGAGUCGGACAGUGAGCCCACUGCUUCGUCCCCGGUCUUCCCGCAGCUGUCUCCCAAUGAGUGGCCGUACCUGGGGGUGGACCCGCCCACCACCGGGGGAGCCCCAGGGGGAGAGGAGGCUGAGCCAGCAGGGGGCACUAAGCCCUAG